AUGUCAUCAUCACCAUCUUAUGUCAUUUCUAUCGUUGAUUAUAAAAGGCCUUUCAAUGUUGAUAUUGGCUCUAUUACAGAAUACUUUUCAUCAGUAUUAGCAAGUGAUGGAAAUCUCAAUCGAGGUGCAUUAAAAAAUGGAAACUUAUUAUUCAACGACCAUUUUAUUCAUAAUAUUACUAUAGUUCGUGAUUAUGCGAAAAGAACAAUAUCAGCAAAGUGUAGAGCUCAAAUGAAGAAAUCCACUACAUAUCAAUUGAAUAUGACAAUAAACAUCAAUCGACCGGCUGAUAUAUUAAACGCAACAUGUGAAUGUGUGGCUGGAAAAGGUGAAAGGGCGGCGUGUAAACAUCUUGCUGCUUUAUGUUUUGCUCUAUUAGAUUAUGAUAAUAAAAAGCUUUACGAAUCAUGUACACAACGACUUCAAGAAUGGCACCAGCCAACUCGCAAGUCUUCGAAGCCAGUGAAUUUAUUGGAUAUUAAUUUUACUCGUAUGAAUCAUGAUAAGAAUGAAGACGAAAAACCGAAAUAUUUACAAUUUCUUACCUCAGACAUUUAUAUUCCUGAAGCAUCGACGGUAUUAAGUCGGUUACUCAUUAAAUAUGAUCAACGAGCUCUUGGUGCUGUUAAUCUUCUGUUACCUAAACAAGCUGCUGUUACUCGUAUACCGCUUCCAUCACGUAUUAUUGCUCAAACGUCUUCACCAGUAGUCCUACCAGACUUAGCAUUGAAUAUAUUCAAAUAUUACAUGGAUCACAUUGAUAUAUUAUGUAAUGAAAUAGACGCUUUAGAAAAGCACACACAGGGUCAGGCAUCGUGCGCAGAUUGGCAUGAAGCAAGACGAAAACGGAUUUCAAGUACAAAUGUUCAUUCUAUUGUUACAAGAACACAUGAUUUUGAGAAGUUAGCACAAUCAAUGCUUCAGCAACACCAUAAUAAACUUCAUUCGAAUCUAGCCGUGCGACACGGAAUCCUCAAUGAGGAAGCAUGCCGACGUCGAUAUGUCGUGGAACGAUCAAAAGAUAAUGUUUGUUCAACAACUUUUCCUUGUGGCUUAGUUGUGGAUCCAACAGCACCUUAUCUUUGCUGUAGUCCAGAUGCGAUUGUAAUGGAAAAAAUCAAUGACGAAGUAUCGUUUGGUAUUUUGGAAUGCAAAUGUGUUUAUGCAGAUCCAGGUGCAACAUGGGACGACGUCAUAUUUACUCGUGAAAACUUUUGUCUGGACCGUCACGCUGGUCAUCUACGACUUCGUGCUGAUCAUCCUUAUUAUUACCAACUAAUCACCUUAUUAGGGAUCCUCGAUUUACCUUGGAUUGAUAUUUGUGUAAUGAAAAAUGAAGAUAUUUUUAUACAACGUCUAAUCAAUGAUUAUUAUGUUUGGUCAAAUGUAAAGCAAAAGCUCACCAGUUUUUACUUCAGGUUUCUAUUGCCUGAAAUAGUUAGACUUAUCUAG